ACCAAAAAACCGGAUUCAUUCACUCAGCAGGUUCCUCAAAUUGUUUUUAUUGUGAUAAAAUUUGCACUGUAAAGUUUUCCAAAUUUAGUCCUCCAUAUAGUAAUUAGUUAGUAAGUUAUUUAGUAAGAUGGAAACGACGACGGUUGGCGAAGGCGUUGGCGAAAAGAAACCAAAAGGAGAACAAGAAUCGCCUCCAAUGUGGACCGUUUGGACUGCUGGGAGUUACGCCGUGGUGAUGCUUUUAAUCGGACUUCCUUUGUGGUGGAAAACUACGGCCGUACAACGGGUGCCUUUGCCAUAUUCCGACAUGGCUUCUCUUCGUGGUCAUUUGGAGUCUUCAUUUCUCAUAAAAAUUCCUGUCCAUCUGGUCGGAUUCGCAAAAGUUUCGCCAAAUGAUGACAACAAGUUUCAUAAUAUUGAAGGACACUCUUUCAGCAUUUCUUACGCGCAAACAUCUUCACUUGAAAUGGAUGCGAUUUACAAAUCAUCCAACCUUUACGAUGUUGAUAAGGAGAUGUGCAAGUUGGCUAAGAAGAACUCGAAUAGCAGUGCUCAUCCCGUUACUAUUUACUAUGUUGGCAGAUCAGAUUUGCUAAUAGAAUAUGGACAGAAAGUUAUCUUUGGAAAUUGCAAAAGCCUGUACUACAUUUCAAAUUCUUCGAAAAUUCGAUUCGAUACUGUUUGGAAUGUUUUAAGGAAAAUUGCUGGAUUUGGACAAAUUGACGGAGGUUGGGAAUUAACGGAUCCGAAUAAUCCCAGAUCGUCAUCAGUUAAAGAAUCCUUACAACUCCCUUUAUCCUCGGGAUAUAACAUAUUGCUAAGUUUACUUGUGCCAGAGCCAGAAGUUUUAGAGUCGAAAUGGGAAAUUGAACCUGCUGUUACUGAUUUUCUAAAUCCAAUGUUAAAGAAAAUAAGCGCUUUUGCAGAGUUUUCUGUAAGGUCACAAGUCCUGUCUUAUAUCCGAUUAAAUGUGUAUCCAAAGUGGAAUGCGGAUAAAAAUUAUCAUGAAAUUCCCUACGAGCAAUUACCUUUAGUGAUAAAUCCUGUGGAAUCCAAAUUGACAUCAUUCGUGUCACAAAAUCCCGUAUUAAAUUUUCUGACGUACACUGCCCCUUGCAACAAAGUACCACUUCAAAUCCUGGAAAAUGAUGGCACGCCUUUGGCAUCAAAUGCAUUUUUAGUUCCCCAAUGGGGUGGCAUUUUUAUUUACAAUCCGCCAUGCACCACCGGAGAAAACUCAACUGAACUCAAAAUUCAUCAAGUAUCGACAGAACAUGUGAUGAGCGUAGUUAUUUCUCAGUUCCGGUCAUUGAUCGGACUUCCUGAAAAGUCUUCCAUUGACGUCCUCGAUUUCCGCGGAUCAGCCCUUCGCGACUGGGAAGUGGACAUGUUGAUUCGGAGACGACUAACAAAACUUAUCGUCACUGCGGCAAACACUCUCCAUUCAUUGGGUCAACUGUUGGACGAAAUUACCAACAUUGUUGUAACUGAGGAAGUAGGGGACCAAGUUGAAAAAAGCGUUGCCGCGAUCAAAGCCGCUAUUGAAGAAGCUUCGCAAGGAAACUUAGAGGCUGCUCAAGGUCACGCGAUCGAGGCCUUCAAAUCUUCUGAGAUUGCAUUUCAUCAUCCUAAGAAUCUUAAGCAACUCUACUUUCCAGACGAUCAGAAAUAUGCAAUUUACAUUCCACUCUUCUUGCCCGUCGGAAUUCCUGUACUUCUCAGUCUGAGAGGAAUAUUUCAAAGACUUUUGACCAUUUGGAAAUCUGCGCAUCAGUUAAAACCUAAAACCGAUUAGAAGCAUGCACAAUAAUAAUCGAAUUGAUCGAUAAUUUGUGAUUUACAACUUGUUACCCAUGUAUUAUAACUAUGUUAUUUAUUUCGUUCUAGUUUCCAUCAUGCAACAUUUUUUGUACUAUGCAUGUAAUCCUAGUCCAGUAUUCGAGUUGUUUUCUAAAUAUUUUACCCUUGUUUUGUGGACAGUGUAGAUAAAAAUAAAAUGUUUUUAAAAUAAA